AAGUUCGAUUUCCCGUUUGAACGGUUGUACCACUGAGCAGGAUGAAGAGCUCCCGCCUCUAGAGACAGAGACCCCCCACACACACCCCACCACCGACAUGCUGGAGAAGAGGGCCACGGAGUUCAGAGAGGAGGAGGAGAGAGGGAAACACGGGAAGGAACUGUUCUGCAGCCAGUAUCACUGCGGUUCUCUGCUCGGCCGAGGAGGAUUCGGUUCUGUGUUCUCAGGUCACCGGCUCUGUGAUGGACUGCAGGUUGCCAUUAAACAGAUUUCCAGUGACAGAGUUCAGCAAUGGGCCAGACUGCCCGGCGCCGGUAGCCCCGUUCCCAUGGAGAUAGCCCUGCUGGAGAGGCUUUCGGAGGUCGAAGGUCACAAAGGAGUCAUCUCCAUGCUGGACUGGUUCGAGGUGGAGGAUCAGGGCUUCCUGUUGGUGCUGGAGCGACCACCGACGUGUCAGGACCUGUUCGACUUCAUCACCGAGACGCUGCCUGAACACCUCGCGCUCAGGUUCUUCCGUCAGGUCGUGGAGGCGCUGCAGGUCGUCCACGCUCACGGGAUCGUGCACCGAGACAUUAAAGACGAAAACAUCUUGGUCGACACGAGGACACUUGACGUCAAGAUCAUCGACUUCGGAUCCAGAGCUCGGCUCAAAGAGACGCUGUACAGCGAGUUCGAAGGGACUCGGGUGUACAGUCCUCCGGAGUGGAUCCAGUCUCAGUCCUACCACGGCGUCUCUCUCACCGUCUGGUCUCUCGGCGUUUUGCUCUUCGACAUGGUGUGUGGUGACAUCCCGUUCGAGCGUGACCAGGAGAUUGUGGCGGCCACGCCCAUUUUCACCAGACGGGUCUCCAAAGAAUGCCAGUCUCUGAUUCGCUGGUGCCUCUCGUUCCGUCCCGAGGAGCGUCCGACGCUGGAGGAGAUCCUGAACCACCCCUGGAUGGAGGAGGGGGGGGGGGACCUGCAGGACGACCACAGCCCUCUGCCCAGUCCGUCCCUCUGACACACGUCCCUGAACGCCACCGAACUCUUUACGCCACAGGCUGACACGGCUCAGCCAGCAGGGCGGCGACACAAACGAAAACCUCACAAUGGACUUUAAAGGAGCAGGUCGUGUUUUUAACUGCUGGAGGAUCAAACUGUUUAUUUCUGCCUCAAAUUCAACGUCUGAAAUCCCUGAAGUUCACGUGUCUUUGAACUCAGCGGCAGAGUCACAAACGAAUCUGUUAAACGAGAAUGUACGGAGAAAGUGAAGCAGCUGCAGGAGGAAGAGAAAAGUGUUUAUUUAAGUCUGACUAUUUAUCUGAAUGCAGCAGGUUCAGAGGUCCUGUCUGAUUGGUCGAGACUGACCUCCACUUUGGUCAUUUAUUGAUCAGAUUAUUUAUUUAGUUUUUCAGUCACUUUACUGAUAGUUUUACGUCGUCUGUUGUAAACAUGAGGAAAAUGGAGGAACGCGUGACAAACAGAAAUACGGUUUUGUACAGAUCAUCAAAAUUUGAAAUCAAAUGAGAAUAUUCACCUCCUUGGAUUAAAUACAAGAGACAUGUAUUGAUUUAAAUAUGUUUCACUAUUUUGAUCAGUUCAGCAAAUGAGAAGAACACUGAUGUUUUCUCAGUAAAACCUUUGUGUCAAAGGGGAGCUGCAGCUGGUCUGUGGAUGUUUGACUCUGGAUUUUCUCCAUUUUCCUCCCGUUGCUCAGACGACUCAGACGUUUACAGAAAAGUGUCCUGACUGACAGAAACGUUUCUGCAAGUGAUUCAGAAACGAAACAACAAAGAAGAAAUGUUUUUUAGUCUGAGUUUCCACCUGCGUCCUCCGUUCUGACGAGGAUCAGGUCUCAGGUUCGUCAUGUAAGUACUUGUGUAUUGUUCAGGGGUCAAAGGUCAAAGUGGCUCGUCGUCACUUGUUUUUGUUUAUUUACAUUAAAUAACAAUCUGGAUCAAGAGAAAAAAGAUCCAACGUUUGAAUAAAAGUUUCUGUUUUCAUCA